AUGCAUCUCCCGGCACGGAAUUGCACCCCUAUCGUGUCGGCGGCGACGGGGACGAUAUCACAAUGUGGUGCCCCGUACGCCUCGUUAGGGAAGGUUGGCUCGGCGGGGCUAAAUGGCUGGACUGGAAACUGCUCUGUCGGUUUAAUUAGCCAAAUCCGUUCAUUUUCGGGGAGGUGUCUCGACAGAGGUAUUGGCCUCGGAGCUUCCGAUGCAUCACCGGUAACGAAGCCGGGAUAUGCUGGGCUGGCUGCAGUUCCACCGAAUCAUCUUGCCUGGGUUCAGAUUCAGGCGAGGAAAUUCAGCAGUGCAGAUCAUACACAAGUCUCAGGCAAUAAACAGAAGACCGAAGAGCUUUUGGAGAAGUUCGAAGUCCAGGAGAGCAAUCAAGAAGCGCGGUCCCAGCGGACAGCUCUUAGGGAGGAUGGCAAAGAGGGAAAGUCUCCGACGGAAGGAGAGAAGUGGUCUGAAAGGAUGACCGAAGGUAAAAUGUUGACGACGCCAUCGCGGCUUUUCAAAUUGAUCAUCCCUUUAACAACCAUCGUAAAUGAAGACCAUGAUCAAGAAAUUGCACCCAUAGCCAUCCUAGUCCAUCCUCAACAACCACUAUCAUACCUAGAGCGUCUAAUCCAGUCAGAACUGCCCCCGAUCAAAGGCAAAACCGGCAAUCUUCGCCCGCCAGCCAUAUCCUUCAUCGCACUCCAGCGCGAUGACAACGCAAUCAAGCCGAAAAAGCGAAUCGAAGACGAGAUCGACCUACAAAGAAAACCAAACCAAACCAAAGAAACAGAUUUCGUCCCCGGAAACGACGGCGUCGGCGGCAGCAAACCCCUCAACGGCCGAUCACCCACCCAGCACCGCCGGUCCCGAGACGAAGACGUAGAAACCUACAGCUACCCACGCAAAACGAGCGGCACCCCACCCCGAGACGGCGAACCCGAGCGCAUCGUGCGCUGGUCACUAGCCACAGAGAUAGGCGACUUCAUCCGGGAUGCGGCGCGCGCAGGCGAGUUCAUAGUGACGAUCGAAGGCGCGCCGUCUGGUCUGAGCCAGCUCCGCGUCACAGUGCCGUCGUUCAACGAGCGCACGUAUUACCUGCGCAUGCGAUUGCGCAAGCUCUCGCGACGCAUCCAGGCCAUGGCGAAUGUGAAAGAGGAGUGCGAUGCGCUGGCGCAUCGGGGUGCGCAGCGGGUUGCGAUUGGCGGGUUUGGGAUUCUUUCUAUUUGGUGGUUUACGGUUUACAGAUUGACUUUCGAGACUGAUCUCGGCUGGGAUACUAUGGAGCCAGUGACUUACUUGGUCAGUUUGUCUACUUUGAUGGGGGGUUAUUUGUGGUUUUUGUAUCACAAUCGGGAGAUUUCUUACAAGUCGGCGCUGGAUUUUACGAUCAGUGCGAGGCAGAAGAAGCUGUAUCAGUUGCAUCAGGUUGAUCUGCAUCUUUGGGAGUCUUUGAUUGAUGAGGCGAACUCGCUUCGUGGGGAAAUUAAAAAUAUCGCGGCUGAGUAUGAUGCUGAGUGGAAUGAGCGGGCCGAUGAGCAGGACAAGCGUGUGACGGAAGUCUUGAAGUCAGAACGGGGGAAGCAUGAGAGGAAGAGGGAUUCAGAUGGUAAGAAAGAUGAAAAUGAUGAUUGA